AUGCUCUUGGAGCAGCAGCCCAUGCUGUGGCCAACACGCAAAGCGAGCUGGAGCCUUAUUCUUGUUGGCUCCGCUGAGCCAAUGAAAAGCCUUUCGGCGACCCCAUUUGUUGUUGAUGUUGUGACGUGGUACUUGCUGAAAGCCUGUGGGAGUGAGGUUGAAGGGCAAAACCAGUGCUGGCCGAAACCAAUCCCUGUUUUCCUUGUGAGCAGAUCAACCUUUGGACCACGACAGGCUAUCGCUUUGUACGAAGCCUUCGCCCAAGAUGCCCAGCGCAGAGACCAUUGGUUUGUUGGUGGUCAGCCUGCCACUGUUGCAUUGGACGACUUCAUUUGUGAAGGCUUGAUGUAUUGCCUAUACAGUGAUGAGUCGUCCUACAACAACAUCGUGAAGAUCACAAGGAGCCUAUUCUUGCACAACUACCGAGCCAUCUACUAUCACAACCAGUACAAUUGGGACUUCAAGGUGAAGGAGUUUAGCGUCAGCAGCUCGAUAUUCUUCCGCAACUGCCAAGCUAUCUCCUUAUCUGUUUGGUACUGCAUGUCUUGCAUCAUCGAAGACUGUUUGUUCUUGCAGAACGACGAUGGUAUUGUUGGUGAGUUUUUCGGCUCGGGAGCACCCAGCGCACGGUACUUGAAGUCAACCUUCGCCCAAAACGUUCAAGCUGUUUCGCGCAAGGUUGAGAGCUACAAUCGUGGGUCCAACUUCGAAGAGAUUCUGUUCUACCAGAAUGAGUUUGCAUACUCUGACGUUUCCGGAUAUCAGCCUGCAGAAGAGGAAAGCUUCUGGCAGAAUGUCACCUUCUUGGACAACCAUAUCAGCAUGUUUCUGCGAUCUAGCCUGCAUCGUUUGCAGCGGAUCAAUUUCCUUGCUCCCUUUCACAUCUACUACAUUGGGACUUUGCUGUAUGAUCUCAGUCUGUCUUUAACGUUUUGGAACACCACUUCAGAGGAUGAUGUGGAGGCCAAAACGUAUCAUGCCAUCGAUGGAAGUGGUCAAGGACUUGUUCGGUUUCUUGAUGCAGAGUCCAUGCCUUCAAGCCCCUUCCUUCAUCAGAUGUAUCAAGCAGAUCCUUGCGCAGGGCAAUGUGUGCAGAAUUGGUUCAACACAAACUGGUCGAAAUUGAUUCGGGCAGAUGCAGGCACCUUUGGCUUAUAUGAUGUUGAUCAAAGCCUGAGCAGUGGGCAGAGCUUGAGAGAUGCUUUGUUGAGUGGGCACCACCCAACCAACAUGUCGCUGAGCAUGUACAUGCAGGAUCUCAUCGAUUUGUUCGAUGCAGUUGGUGCUUACCAGACAGCGGGCACAACCACUAGCCGUCUUCCAAGCACUACCCCAGGCACCACCCUGAGCACCGCAACCACCACAACGACUCCUGCCAAAGGGUGGGCAUGGUUUGUGGCUGAGGCACUUGGCGCCGGGGUGCACCCGACGGUUGGGAGUGGA